CGUUGAAUGAAAGCGCAUUUCUCGCCGCGCAGGACAUAUCGCGGAGCUGCUCCGUUAUCGUCAAAAUGUUUCGUCGAUCAAGGUUUAGUAUUCGGCCUAAUGUCGGAACGGCAGGCAGAACAGCAGCAAUACCUCAGGAAGCACCUUCAUCAAACCAGGAGUCCAGUGAGACCCCCAAAGACAUCAGUGAGAGCAGCACUCCCACUGCUGUGACAGAUAUCAAAUCUGACGUGACCCCAUCUGAAAAAACAACAGCCCCUGGGGAUGGCAAUGACCAAAAUGCGGAAGGAGCCAGCUCCUCGGCUGCACUCCAGAGAAGGAAGCGGUUUUCUGUCAAGCCCAAAGUGGCUCCUGGUCGCCCCUCCGCCCUCGCUCGGACAUCGAGGUCCCUCGCCAAGGCAGAUGCUGAAACUCCCGUUGAAACCCCCGGCUCAGACCUUGAAAAGCCAUCGACAUCCAUCCAAACUGGGACAACGGCUGCUCCUCAAGGACUCCAGUCCCCGAGGCGGAGAAGGCGUUCGGAGGAGAGCAAGCAGCCCAAAGUGCAGCCUAAAGCAGCCACUGACUCCUCUGAGCCUUCAGCUGUCCUUCUCCCUGAGGAUUCACUAGAACAAACCGAUCAGCCCAUGGACAGUGGCCUACAAUUGGAGAGCAAGUCAGGCAGCCAAGUUGAAGAAGUUCCUCCCAGACCACCUGAUAAAGUGCUCUUCUCUAUACCAGACAGAGAAGCAGUUGAGUUAUCCGAGAGGGCCAAGUCUCUCGUGUCUUCUAAGAGUGGACGUUCAUUGUCCCCAUCAGCGCUCUCUUUGAGCAGACUCCUGAAUGACCCAUCCGAUCUACAGAGGCUCGCCAAGGCCCAAAAACUGAGAGAGUUACUCAGACAGGAGAAGCAAAAAGAAAAGAAACUCAAGAAAAUGAAGCCGAAUGUGAAGGAAUAUACUUUAGAUCCCUCCAAAAUGACCAUGAGGGACCUUAUCCAUUAUCUACCGCUGUCCAACCCCAUGACAUCGACCGUAGAAGACAUUACUCAGGAAAAUGAGACUGUGCUCCCAGCUUCACCAGCAAGAGAACCGUCUCCAGAGAAAGUGCCGGAACCCGAAGCUCCCCCUGAACUGCCGAGCACGGUGGAGGAUGAAGAGGAGAUGGCAGACGAAGAGGAUGACUCACUCAUGGUUCCUCAAGUCAAAGUAGCAGAGGAUGGCUCUCUCAUCAUUGAUGAAGAGAGCUUGACGGUGGAAGUCCAGCGAGCAAAAGGACCAAACCCAGCACAGGGUCGAGAUCCCAUCUUUGAGCGUGGCUCCACGACAACGUACUCCAGCUUCAGGAGAAGCAGCUAUUCAAAACCCUGGUCCAGUGAAGAGACAGACAUGUUCUACCUGUCAGUCAGUAUGGUGGGGACAGACUUCUCCAUGAUUUGCCAACUGUUUCCUCACAGAGCUCGAUCAGAGAUAAAGAACAAAUUCAAAAAAGAGGAGCGAGAGAAUUCCUGGAGGAUUGACAAGGCGUUUAGAGAGAGACGCAAGCUGGAUAUUGAGUAUUUUUCUAAGCUUCUUGAGAAAAUUUUGGAGGUUCAGAAAAACAGGAAGAAACUCAAGACACUCGUUAAGAAGAACUCCCCGAAGAAGUCAAAGAGAAAGGCAAAGGGCAAAAAAGCUGAAAGCACGCUGAGUGAUGUGGAGGAAGAAAAUGAAGACGAUGCCAAUGAAGUUCCAAAUCUGGAGGAUGAGGAAGAGGAGGGAGAGAAAGAGAACGAGAAUCUCUGUAAUGAAGGAGGAACCCCUGUUUCCAAGCCUAAGAAACAACGCAAAAGAAAGGCUAAACAGGCAGCUGUGAAUGAGGAAGCAAAUGAUAAGAAAAAGAAAACUGGUGAAAAGAACAAUGAACAAGGUGAGGCCUGCAUACCUGAAGACCCUGAAGCUGCUCUUGCCGAAGACCAAACAACUCCAGACAUGUCUGAAAAGACUGAGAACGUGAAUGCUUCCAAGGACACAGCAAUCAAGCCAGCUAAACUUUCCAGAGGCAGAGCGCCAAAACCACUACUGCCUUUGGGACGAAAGUGGAGUAAAAAGUUUCCACCAGACUCAACAAAGGCCAAAGAUACUGCCUCAGAUAAAGAAGACGAGAGUGUGACUGAUGGAGCCUCGAAGGAGCAGGUAAAUAAAGAUUCAUCACCCUUAAGAGAGGAUAAUAAGAGGAAGUCAGACGAUGCUGACAUUUCCUCUGAAGAAGAGGAUGUCACUGCUCUGCCUCCAAGACCUACCAGGUAUGGAAGAUUGCCCAAGCCCACCAAGCUCCUGAAUUACCCCGCCAAAGAAGAACCCACCUCUGCGUCCAAUUCCUCCCCUGCCUCACCAGUUGCUUCUGCUGCCAAGCCUAAACCCAAAUGCACAGCCAAGAGGGGACGAUCCUCAAAGCAACAAUCAGCCCAACAGUCCAAAAAGCCCAAACUAGUCACACUCAGGACCUCUCGGUCAGAUUUCAGCGAUGAAGAUGAAGAGCAGCAGGAUCAGGAAGAGAUAGAGGAGGAGGAGUACCCUCUGUGUAGCCCCGGUGAGGACAGCACUGCCCCUGUGUUUGUGCCGGCCAGCCUGCGCUCCCCGCAUCCUGUGAUUUCAGAGGUGGAAGAGACUAUGGAGGAGCUUGAUAUUUUGGCCGAUAUGCCUGAUGUGUUGGGCCUCUCCCAAGAUGUACUGUGCCCUGAUUCCUCAUUCGAUCUGGCACAAAAUGACACCGGCACAGCUGAACCAUGUGAACAUCAGUUGGACCUGCUGGUUGAUGUUAUAGAUUUCCUCUCUUCAGAACACCCAGAAGUAACUGAAGACGAGAGCUACAAUGAAGCUGCUCAAACUCUGUUGACCAUCGGCAACCUGACUCAACUCUCAGAACAGAGUCAAAUAGUCACAGAAGACCACACAACAGGGACAACAUCAGUAGGUGCAGAAGAAACUGAGCAACACCUGGGAGAUGCUGACCAAGAGGAAAACUGUGAAAUUCAUAUCAUGUUUGAUCAUGGAGACACAGAAAUAGCAGAAAUUAUUGAUACUGUGGAGCCACAACAAGGUACAGCAGACAGUGGUGACGCUCCAAAGGUUGAAACUAGUGAUCAGUCGUGUGGUGGGCAGAAGACUGUGUCUUAUACAGAUUUUUGCCCUCAGUUAGAGUCAUGUCCAGAAAGUGCAAAGAAACACUCUCCACAGACCAGAAAAGGACGCUUGUCCAAGGUUAAACCCAAACCUAACCUGGGCCGAGACUCCAGGACUGAACAGCCCAAAUCCCAACCAGAUACAUCAACAGAACAGACAGCUGGAGAGACAAACACAGAAGCUUCAAACAUUCAAGUCACUGAAUCACCAUCAGCUCCUGAAGAAACAACCUCGAAGGUACUAGAAAAUACUCCAACAUCAUCAAUAGAUGAAGAUUCCUCUACUAAAGUUAAACACACAGAAGAGCUGUGUGUCACUCAGGACAGGUCAGGGGCAGCAGCAUUAGACCAAAGUGCCUCAGAACACCAGAGUCAAUGCUUUUCUGAUACCCAGUUGGGACCCAGUGGAGAACAAGCCACCAGAGACAAGAUGUCGGAUCAAAAGCUGAAGUCUCAUGCUGAAAUAAUUCAGAGUUUCUGUAGUAAUUUAGCAACAUCUGAAACAUCAGAUUCUGUUCCAGUUCACGUAGGGAGUCAACAUUCUGCUGCUUUCGUCACACCUGUAGAUGCUGUACCUGUCAGUCAGAAAGAAAAGAGUGAAGCUGCAUCUACUAGCCAGAUCAAGAGAGGACGAUGUCAAAAAGUAAAACCCAAACCAAUCCUAGCACAGGCAUCAAGAACUGCUCGAUCUAAACCUCAAACUACAAAAGCCACAGUAGAGAAAGACCCCAGCCCAACUCCAGAUCCCCAAAUCCAUGAAAAUACAAUAGAAGUCGAACCAGAAGCAACCAGCAGCGCCUCUCCUGAAAAACCAACUCAGAGCACUGGUCCUGCUGCAGCUUUGAUACCAUCAUUUGAUUUAGGCUCUACCCAUACACCCGGAAUAGAACUGUCUACAACUGAAGAGAAAAGGACAGAAGGUGGAUUGGAUCAGAGUGUCUCACAAAACCAAAUCCUCUCUGAACCCAGUAACAGAAACACAGGGUCAACAGCUGGAUCCACAAAUGAAAAAAUGGCAACAUGUGAUGAAGCAACUGAAAGUAGGGAUAACCUAGCUACAUCUAUCACAGUAUCACAAGUUGGGCAGGACUCCGCUCCAGUCCAAGAGAGCAGUGACCAUCCUGCUUCUUCUGUUACACCUGUAGACGCUGUAGCUGUUAGUCAGAAAGAAAACAGUGAAGCUGCAUCUACUAGCCAGAUCAAGAGAGGGCGAUCUCAAAAAGUAAAACCCAAACCAAUCCUAGCACAGACAACAAGAACUGCUCGAUCUAAACCUCAAACUACAAAUGCCACAGUAGAGAAAGACCCCAGCCCAACUCCAGACCCCCAAAUCCAUGAAAAAACAAUAGAAGUUGAACCAGAAGCAACCAGCAGCACCUCUCCUGAAUAUCCAAGUCAGAGCACCGGUCCUGCUGCAGCUUUGAUACCACCAUUCGAUUUAGGCUCUACCCAUACACCCGCAAUAGAAAUGUCUACAACUGAUGAGAAAAGGACAGAAGGUGGAUUGAAUCAGAGUGUCUCACAAAACCAAAUCCUCUCGGAACCCAGUAACAGAGACACAGGGUCAACAUCUGGAUCCACAGAUGAAAAAAUGGCAACUCGUGAUGGAACAACCGAGAGUAGGGAUAACCUGGUAACAUCUGACUCAGCUGUCACAAAAUCACAAGUUGGGCAAGACUCAGCUCCAAAGAUUAGUGACUAUCCUGCUCCAUCAGCUACACCUGUAGACGAUGUACCUGUCAGUCAGAAAGAAGAGAGUGAAGCUGCAUCUACUUGCCAGUUCAAGAGAGGGCGAUCUCAAAAGGUAAAACCCAAACCAAACCUAGCACAGACAACAAGAACUGCUCGAUCUAAACCUCAAACCACAGAAGACACCGAGAAAGACUCCAGCCCGACUCCAGUCCCCAAAGUCAAUGAAAAAACUAAAGGAGAAUCCGAAGCAAUCUGUGGCACCUCUCCUGAAAAACCCUGUCACAGCACUGGUCCUGCUUCAGUCUUGAUACCACUGUUUGAUUUAGGCUCUACUCUUACACCCACACAGAUGCUGUCUACAACUGAGGAGAGAAGGACAGCUGAUGCACUUGUUGGUCAAGUGUACUCGCAAAACCAGAGCAUUUCUGAAACCAGUUACAUAGACACAGGGUCAACAUCUGGAUCGACAAAUGACAAAAUGGCAACUGGUGAUGCAGCUUCAGUCCAAGAGAGCACUGACAACCCUGCUUCAUUUGCUACAUCUGAGGAUUUACAAGUCAGUCAGAAAGAAGAGAGGGAAGUGGCAUCGACCUGCCAGAUCAGGAGAGCUCAAAAAAUCAAACCUAAACCAAACCUAGCACAGACAUCAAGAACCGCUCGGUCCAAACCUCAAACCACAAAAGACCCUGUCAUGCAGGUGCAGCUUGUGGAGACACCCUCCAGCCCAACUGUAAAGCCUCAAUCCACUAAGAAGACAACAGCAGAGAUAGAAGCUCCACCAAUUUGCAGCAUCUCGCUUCCAAUUCAAAGUACUGACACUUCUACGGUUUCUGUACCAUCACUGGAAUUAUGCUCUAGUCAUAAACCCACAGAGGAAUCAUCUGCAACUAUGCAACAACUGACAGAAGUUGGACUACACUCAAUCUUAAAAGGUUCAGAACCAAAUGUACCUCAUAGAAGACAACAGUUUUCCAAAGUAUCCUCCACCAAAACCACACGGAUAAAACUGCAGCCAAAGACAAUCAGUGAACCCUCAGUUAUGGACACCUCUUCAAAUGUAACAUCAGAACCAUCACCUGUGGACAAUUCACAAACAGAAGUGAAACUGAUAGAGGAGGACUUAAAGCUCUUGACAUCAUCGCAGUGUCCGUUAAAUACAGAACUCAGUUUGAAAAAAUCUGCUCCUGCAGAGUCGGAAAAGACAGAGGGUACAUCUUCUGAUGGUAUUGUCAUGGCAACAUCAUGCGUUGCUGAGAAUCAGGCCUUGUUGCCAGACAAAAUCCCUGAAAGUGAAAUCAUUGAAAUGUCCACGUUUGAGACGAAAUCCACGAGGGACAAAAUGUCAAAUAAUGACAGCGUGGAGGCUGGACCUGCUUCACAAGUCUCUGAUCCAAUUACGGCCUCAGAGUCUCAGUCUCCAGAAGGUGGCUCCACAGAGUCAAAAAUAUCGUCGGUUUUGGCAACGAAUGUCUUCUCCAUAACAACCGUCCAUCCAACAGAGAGCUAUCCUCAGUCAUGUCCAGAAAGUGACUCAGAAGUAAAAAGUCAAGAUGCAGCCCAGCAAUGUUCAGAAACGACCGAAACUCAUCAAACAUCAAUUGACAAAACUCAAUCCGCUUCAAGAACUGACAGUUCUCAGUUAGAACUCACAGACUCUUCCAAGUCUACAAAAAAAGGCCCUCAAAGUCGAAGAGGAAGGCUUAUUAUUCCCAAACCCAACCUGGGACGCAGCAGUCGGCCUCAACAGCCCCAACAAGUUCGGUCCCCAGUACAAGCAAAAGCAGAUUCCGGUGCUCAAUCAGAAAGUUUUGACGCUUCAGUUUCCCUUAACCCCGUGUCUGAACUCCGACCCAACAUUCCAGAUCCAGUAGAGGGAGCUGUUGAAUCACAUAGUCACCAAGAGUCCUGCCCAAAUGAUCCUCAGUCCUUGCUGGGUUUGACGCAAUUUAUUCAUCAGGAGAGUGACUCCCAUUCAAAUGAUGCUGUGUCCUCUAUGGGUUGUGUGACGCAAGCAGUGGACAAUUUUUCUCAAAACACAUCCACAUUAGGCACAGAGGGGACCCAAAGUCAUCCAUGUCUCACAAUAUUCCCAGACUUGACGUCCGAGCCGAUGCCUUCAGGUUCAGAUGUACCGUUUUUCAUCCUUUCACUGAGUGAAAUCCCAGUCUGCUCCUCGGGGGAGCUGGUGGACAGUGCAGCAGGGCCCCUACCUUAUCUUCCAGAUGGAGAUGCACCAAUACAGCAACAGAGUGUUCCUGGAGAGAGUCUGUCACCAGAGGAAGACACAUCUCUCUCUAGUGUCCCUGUGUCCAUCUCGGCUGUACAUAAAGUCUCAGUCAUGGAGAAUCCAGAAGAUCCACAGGAGACAGUCCAGCCCCCCACAUUACCAGAAACUGUACAGAGUGAUGCCAAGACUGAAACCCACCUUGCCAAGAAGAGGAUAUCAGGAACUGGAAGACGAGCCAAAGUGCAGGUGAAGCCCAAUACUACAAAGAAGACACAAGCCAGUAAGACGAUUGCUGCGAACACCAACCAGGAGUCAGGCCGUCCUGGGCCUUCCACGCAGGCAGAAACCUCUGAUGCAAAAACAACCGCAGGCAAGGUCGGUGUCACUGAACCUCGGGAGAGGAGUGGUGACCAUGGAGACAUAGGAAAGGAGACUCCGUCGGUUGGGAAGAGUCCAGAGAAUAGAAGUCCAAGAGCACAAACUCAGGAAAAGACCAGGGGGAGGAUCACUCGGGCAAGAAAACCCGAGGAUUUCCCUUCUUUCCUCUCGGACGCCAACACCAGCGACCCUCCUCGUGGCAAAGCAGCUUCCAAGGGCCCUAAGGUCCAAACUCCACGCACAAGAAAACACUCCACCUCGACACCUGCAGCUUCAACCUUCACUGUCGCUCCCUCACCUGGUCACACAGAGCAGCCACAGAAACUCAGCCAUUCAACCUCUUCUAUCACAUUGCCAGCACUGACCAGUCCCAGCACUUCUCAGUGUACAGCUGAGGUUUCAGCUCCGCAGCAAAGUGACUGUGUGGAGAGCAGUGCUACACAGGUGGAGCCCACCAGUGUGUCUCAGUACUUCUUAAGUGAUAUUUUUACUGAAGUGGAGUAGGGAUGAAAGGGGGAGUGAGAGGAAGGACCUGCCAGCCCCUCAGCUUUUUCUUCAUUCUGUUGUGUAAAGUUUUCUCUGUAAAGAUUUAUUUAUGACUAAAAAGCUUUCUUUCCCCUGUAGUGAAGUCAAGCUGAAUUUACUAUGUUUACAAAAACGAUUUCACUCUCACAAGCAUUUUGAACGUAUAAACAUUGUACAAUUGUAUGUUUACAACAUUGACUGCAUAUAAAGAUUCAUCUCCACGUCCUCCCACUUCAGAAACAAAGCUAAAAUUACCAGGAUUUGAAUGCCACCAUCUUACGGAGACAGAAAAAUGAGCACUUGGACAUGCAUCAGUGUGAUACGGAUUACCUAAAAUGACAAAGACCAUCUUUUAGAAAAAUGUGUUCAAUUCAGGAGUUUCAUCCUUUCAAGAACAUGGUCUCCGUGGCCCAUGAAGAUUGCCUCCUUGGAGGGGCCGCGCAGACCACGAAGGCUGAACCGAGUUGAGAUGGUCUCGUCUACAGAGGAUUUCGGUGCAGCAGCCUGUCCCGCCCUUGCUUAGCAACAGAGCUGUAGUUGGACGUGAACGUGUCAAUGUCCCUCUGUGUUUUAACACAUGAACUUGUUGUUGAACUUGUUGAGUUGAAACAUGAUACUCAAGCAUCGGACAUCUGGUUGCCAUUACCUUUAUGAAAAACAUUUUGUCAAUGAGGCUCAAUGAAUCCUGGGAUAGUCUUGGCAGGGAAUGAUACACCCAUUAUAACCCUCGUUUCUCUGGUGAAGGACGCAUUUGUUGGCAGCAUUUGAAGGAGCCUUCGAAGUGGGACGGUUAAGCGGCGCCGCUGUGACACAAGCGCUCUUGAAAUGCAGCCUUCGAAGGAUGUUGCCCCUAUGAGAGACACUGUUUGACUUUUAUUUUGGUCCAUGACCCAUCCAUCAAAGAGGAGACUGCAGCCAGCCACCAGGUGGUGAUCAGGACGCUUUUGCUUCACUUUGUGGGAGCUGCAGUGUCAUCAAUCUUUAUUUACUGUCUAUGGUGAACUUAGUCAGUGUAUAUACUACUUGUGCUUGCCAAGAUGUUUUGGUCACCUUCAUAGCAAACAGGUAAAUAACCAGUUUGAGGGAAGGAGGCGGCAGCUUUUUCUCAACAAUUCAUUAUGUUUCGAGCCUCCAAUUUCUGAAGUUGUUUAUUUACAGCUAUAAUAAUGUAAAUAUUGUAGAAUAACAAAGAGUUCUUUAAAUGUUUCCCCAUAUUGCUUUCCAGACCACAACAUGGGUAACACGACUGGAUUAGGUCACAGUGUACAGUUGUACAUUUAAACGUGCUACGUUUUUAACGUUUAUGCGCAUGUGUAUUUUUGUGAUAAUGUUUCAUAAUUUAUUUUAAUCUCAACCAAUUCUGUCUUUGAAUUUGAUUUUUUUUUUUUAAAGAAUAGCUUAAAAAUUAUUUCAUUUAGAAAACUCUAGACAUUACUUGAAACAAAACACUGUGUCCUUAAAUGUUUCAUUCAGAAAUCCAAAGUAAAAGAUGGAUUUUUAUAGCAUCAGAAUAAAACAUAUUCUUCCAACACCA